GAGCGACAGGACGGACCCUCCAUGCCUUCUCGACCAUUAGCGCUGAUUUAGCAUACUAGUAAUUAGCUCUAUACAUUUUACCAGCGAUUACAAAAGAGAGAGAGAAAGCCUUUUUGCACCAUGUCUCACAGUUUAGCUUCGCCAAUACAGUAAACUGGAAACUUCAUGCAUAAACGCUUAGACGAGCUAACACCAAGCUAGCUGCCGGAAGUAAAUAAUAGUUUCCGGAAGUAAAUAAUAUGACUUCCGGUCAAAGUUCGAGACGGUUAACGUAUUAAUUUAUGCUUUGCCCAUUGUCUUAGGUACUGGAGGGACAUAUAUUUACUAGAGAGUUCGUUUCUUUUACUACAAGAAUGACUUUAUGCUGUCAUGUUUUCCUAAAACGUCAUGCUAACAUAAGUCACAUGACUGGGUUGCUAUGCAACGAGUAAAUCAAACGGACUCGGCUGUAAACUAAAAAGAUGUCCUACAGUUUCUCAGCAAACCAAUAUGACGAUGCCUUCAAGCCAAAGAGGCUGCAGAACUGGUGUCAGGCGAAGCAAAUCACCAAAUUACCCAGAGCACAUAAGGGCCACACUACCUUUGUUGCAGAUAACAGAGGACAUCUACUUCCUGGAUUGGUUAAGAAAGGCAGCGCUUGGCCUGACUUUAAAGGAACCUGGGAUCUACCUGCUCGUACACCACCUCGGAGCAUCAACCCUACUAGCAGCUCUGUGGAAGGUCUCAACAGGCUCAAGGCCUGUGGCUUAGACCCUCAACACACAGGCAACUGUGAACCACAAGGAGGCAGCAAAAACACAGAUGGCUUGCAGGAUGCUGCAAAGCAGAGCACUGGGGAUGUACAGCAAGACGAUGCUGUCUCAACCCCCUUGUCGACAGCUGAAUCCCGGCCAGCAUCCCAGAACAGACCAAUUUCUGCAGACUACAAAACUGGCAGCCAGAACCAGGACAUGCAGGCAGAUGAGGCAUCAUCUGUCACUUUGCCUGCCGGUGAAGGACAAACUGCUGGGGAGACUGUGAUGAGCAGGCCGCAGAGCCGGAGAGAGUCAGCUUUGACGUCCUUGGCGGGAAGGCCGAAUACUGGAAGCACGCAUUCCGCAAGCCCCGCAUUAUCAAGAAGAGUACAGUAGUUUCAACUUCUUCUAGGGAUGAUUGUACUGAAGUAUUAAAUUAGGCACAAAUCAGAAAGUCAGGAAUAUGUUUUUAAAAGGACUAUCCUUUCCAUUUGAUAUCCCUCUGCUCUUGCAAUGUAGCACCCUUAAGAGUUCUGGAGUCACAACACAAAGGUAUUGUUGUACCAGCACAACAAUUAUAUUGUCUUGUAUGUCCAAUUUCAAAAAUAAAC